UUUGUUGGCUUUUUUUCCCUCUUGAACAGAGCUACAAUCGUGAUCUUUUCCUUUUCCUAUACAUUCUUCUUGUCAUUGCUUCAGCAAUGACUUCUCUCAAGAAACACCAUGACAAGUCAGCAUUUUCUGGAAAAGCAAUAUUGUAUCUUAAUCGUCAUCAGACAGAAGAGUGGAAAGGAUGGAUGCAGGUUCUAUUUUUGAUGUAUCAUUACUUUGCUGCAACUGAGAUGUACAAUGCCAUUCGAAUUUUUAUUGCUGCGUAUGUCUGGAUGACUGGUUUUGGAAACUUCUCCUAUUAUUACAUCAGAAAGGAUUUUAGUCUUGCUCGAUUUACUCAGAUGAUGUGGAGGCUUAACUUUUUUGUGGCCUUCUGUUGUAUUGUUCUUAACAAUGACUACAUGCUGUACUAUAUCUGCCCAAUGCACACGCUGUUCACACUCAUGGUGUACGGGGCCCUUGGUAUUGGCCAUAAAUAUAACGAGAUAAAAUCAGUGAUGGCUUUGAAAUUUUUUAUGUGCUUUAUUUUGGUCAUCUUGAUAUGGGAAAUCCCUGGAGUUUUUGAACUUGUCUGGAGUCCUCUCACUUUUUUCCUAGGUAAGUGGCUGUAUGUAGCCUUGUUACAUUCCUGAAAUAUAUUUAUUUGUCACCUUUAACUUGGUAAACCAAAUAUACUAUGGACCUUUCCUGUAAUGUGGUUGUUAAGGAACAUAGAGUCUAUGCUCUCCUUCUUUUGUGUUUUUGUUUUUUUGCCUUCUACGGAUGGAUUGUACUUUUCCAACAGUUGGCCUUGGAAACUGUUAGGUUUCACUGGAAGCAUCCAAAAUCAAUUUGUUUACUCACUUUAAUCUGUAUAAAUACAUAUAUACACCCU